AUAUGAUCCAACUGCAUCCCGCUUAGCACUUAAGGGCACCUGGGCAAGUAAGAAUCGUUGAGAGCAUCAAAAUGUCUCGUAACGAAGACCUCGAAUGGACGUCACCACCUUUGAGACUGCUUCUGGGCGGACUUUUAUGCUUCACGUUGUGGACCGCUGGCCUGGUAACAUACCGGCUCUUCUUCCAUCCCCUCGCCAGAAUUCCCGGGCCACUGCUUCAACGAAUAUCAGGUCUGCCAAGAAUCUGGCAGUGUUAUGUUGGCAACAGGUAUCUGUGUGAGAUCCAAGCUCACGAGAAGUAUGGACCGGUCGUUCGUACAGGUCCGAACUCGGUCAUCUUCAACACACUCUCGUCCCUACAGGCCCUCCACCUCAAGAAAUCGGCGAAUGUGUUCAAGGGCGAAGAGUUCUACGGCCUGUUAGACGGCGGCCCAGCCGGAGGCAAGAGCGUGCAGAUGAUCGCCGAUCACGAAGCCCAUUCCGCGCGGCGCAGGCUGCUGGACAAGGCCCUGCCCCCGCGGGACCAGGUCUUCCAGGACAUCAACGCGCUCUCGCGCGACCUCGUCGCCGUCAUGGAAGACGAGGCCAGCACCAACGGCGGCAUCGUGGACAUCGCAAGGGUGACCUCAUGGUACAGCUUCGACGUCAUCAGCACCAUCGCCUUCGGGCAGGCCUUCGACAUGAUGCACACCACCACGUGGCGGUGGCUGCCCCUCUGCCUCCAGCAGAUGAGCGCCUUCCUCUACGCCGCGGGCUUCGCCUCGGGCCACGUGCCGGUCCUGCGCUUCUUCCAGUGGCUCCUCCGCACGGGCUGGCCGUCCCGCCUGGGGUGGACCACCGCCGUCCAGGCGCAGAACUACGCGGACCUCGCGGCGGAGCGGGUGCUGGACCGCGGCCGGCGCCUGAAGGGCGAGGCGGGCCUGGAGGCGCCGGGGCGCAAGGAUAUCUUCGGGUACCUCAUGCAGGCCAGGUUCCACGACAGCGCCGACCUGGCGUCGGAGAGCUCGCUGUUGAUCGCUGCCGGGAGCGACGCCGUGCGGUUCGCGGUCGCCGCGACGAUGUUCUACCUGCUGCAGAACCAAGAUGCAAAGGCGAAGGUGACAGCGGAAGUCAGGAGUCUCGACUUGGGAGAGGAUGGCCUAAGUGAGUCCAAGAUAGCCUCGCUGAAAUAUCUCCGAGCUUGCCUUGACGAAGGGAUGCGCCUGAGUCCCCCAAAGGCGGGAAGCAUUCCCAGGGAAACCGGAGCAGGGGGCAUCGUCAUCGACGGGGUCUCUAUCCCGGAGGGCAUGACGGUUGCAACCACAACCUACGCCCUCCACCGGGAUCCUGAGAUCUACAAGGAGCCUUUCCAAUACAAUCCCGACCGCUGGCUGGAAAGACCGCAUGAUCCACGGCUGUAUGCGGCGUUCACCCCGUUUAUGAAGGGGCCGCGGGCUUGCCCUGGCAAGGCUAUUGCGUAUGUUGCCAUGCAGACAGUUUUAUUCCACAUCUUUCGGGAGCUUGACGUCGAGGUCGUGACGGAAGAGAGUCAGGGGGCGGAGCGGGUCAAAAUUGGGACCAAAUCGUGGCGUUAUCAGAAUGAUUAUCCUUUUAAUGACUGGGUUAUUGGGUAUACAAAGGGUCCAUUCGUCCACAUCGGACAGGCUUGA